AAUGACGUCAAAACGAGCGCCAACGCUGCCCGAGUAGGAACCCGCGCAUGCGCUCUGCCCUGGCAGCCAGCCUGUGCGGAGACCAGAGCGUGGGGCCGCAGCGAGGCUGUGGUCCCGCCCGCUGCGGCCGGGUUUCUAGCCUGCCUGACACGCCCUUGACCUAAGGAUCAUGAACCGCAGCCGCCAGGUGACGUGCGUGGCCUGGGUCCGCUGCGGCGUGGCCAAAGAGACACCAGACAAGGUAGAGCUGAGUAAAGAAGAAGUAAAACGUCUCAUUGCUGAGGCAAAGGAGAAAUUGCAAGAAGAAGGUGGUGGCAGUGAUGAAGAGGAGACAGGCAGUCCUUCAGAAGAUGGCAUGCAGAGUGCACGCACCCAGGCACGCCCAAGAGAGCCCCUGGAGGAUGGUGACCCAGAGGAUGACAGGACGCUCGAUGAGGAUGAGCUGGCUGAGUACGACUUAGAUAAAUAUGAUGAGGAAGAUGACCCAGAUGCUGAGACUCUUGGUGAAUCUCUCUUGGGUCUUACGGUCUACGGGAGUAAUGAUCAAGAUCCUUACGUUACUCUGAAAGAUACAGAACAAUAUGAACGUGAAGAUUUCUUGAUUAAGCCCAGUGAUAAUCUCAUAGUUUGUGGCCGAGCUGAACAGGACCAGUGCAAUUUAGAGGUGCAUGUUUAUAAUCAAGAAGAAGACUCUUUUUAUGUACACCAUGAUAUACUCUUGUCUGCAUAUCCUCUGAGUGUGGAAUGGCUGAAUUUUGAUCCUAGCCCAGAUGAUUCUACCGGAAAUUACAUUGCUGUAGGAAACAUGACCCCUGUUAUUGAAGUGUGGGACCUUGAUAUAGUGGACUCUUUAGAGCCAGUCUUCACACUCGGAAGUAAACUUUCAAAAAAGAAGAAAAAGAAAGGAAAGAAGAGUUCCUCAGCAGAAGGGCAUACCGAUGCUGUCCUUGACCUUUCAUGGAAUAAGCUAAUCAGAAAUGUUUUAGCAAGUGCAUCAGCGGACAACACUGUAAUUCUGUGGGAUAUGUCCUUGGGGAAACCAGCAGCUAGCCUCGCUGUACACACAGACAAGGUCCAGACGCUGCAGUUUCAUCCAUUUGAAGCACAGACUCUGAUUUCUGGCUCAUAUGAUAAGUCAGUGGCUUUGUAUGACUGCCGAAGUCCAGAUGAAAGCCAUCGAAUGUGGCGAUUCAGUGGGCAGAUAGAGAGAGUGACUUGGAAUCACUUUUCACCUUGUCAUUUUUUGGCCAGUACAGAUGACGGCUUUGUGUAUAAUUUGGAUGCACGUUCAGAUAAGCCAAUUUUUACACUUAAUGCACACAAUGAUGAAAUCUCUGGUCUUGAUCUUAGCAGUCAAAUCAAGGGCUGUCUCGUGACUGCUUCAGCUGACAAAUACGUGAAGAUCUGGGACAUCUUAGGAGAUAGGCCAAGUCUAGUUCAUUCUAGGGACAUGAAAAUGGGAGUUCUCUUCUGUUCUUCAUGUUGCCCUGAUUUGCCAUUUAUUUAUGCCUUUGGAGGUCAAAAAGAAGGGCUUCGGGUCUGGGAUAUAAGCACAGUCUCUUCAGUAAAUGAAGCAUUUGGAAGACGAGAGAGGCUUGUUCUCGGGAGUGCAAGAAAUUCAUCUAUUAGUGGCCCUUUUGGCAGCAGGAGCUCAGACACACCCAUGGAGUCUUAAUGAAGAUCAUCUAAUUUCCUCUUUACCUUAACUGGAAAUUUUGAAAAGUUGGCCUAAAAAUGUUCCAUGUGUGGCAGCAACCAUGCAUAGUGACUGAGACACAAUUCAUUUCUGACUGCCUGACAUUCCUUUCUGCAACUGUGGUGGCACCACAAACAGAGCCAGUCUUUGUGCUUGCUCUUCAAAUGGAUGGUUUGUAAGGCUCUUGUUGCAUUUCUUAAAAAAGAGUAAUAAAAAGGAUUUUUAAAAAGUAA